CUCGACACAAUCCAGCCAGCACCGCACCGCACAACAACACAAUGACCUUUGCACCUCCCGCAGCCGACCUUGACUGGUCCAAACUCGGCCUUGCCGUGACCGACAUCGUCAACGGCCACGUCGAAUGCCACUACAACCCAGCAACCCAAACCUGGGGUGCCCCGACCUUCGUGGAAGACCCCUACCUCCGCAUCCACGGUCUCUCCACGGGUCUCAACUACGGCCAACAAAUCUACGAAGGCCUGAAAGCCACCCGCUCCCCCACCAACGAAAUCCUCCUCUUCCGCGCCCCCAAACACGCCACUCGAAUGGUCCACUCCGCAACCCUCGUCUCCAUCCCUCCCAUCCCCCCAACCCUCUUCCUCGACGCCAUCCGUCUCGCCGUCUCCGAAAACGCCCCCUUCGUGCCUCCCCACUCCAGCAACGCCGCGCUGUACAUCCGUCCCCUCGCCUUCGGCACAGGCGGGCACUUCGCACUCACUCCGCCCCCGAAUUACCUCUUUGCCGUGUACGUCCAACCCUUCGGGACCUACCACGGGACGUCCGCAGCGGAUGCAUUGGUCAUCGAGGAAUUCGAUCGUGCGGCGCCGAGAGGGACAGGGAAUGGUAAGGUGGGGGGGAAUUAUGCGCCUGUGAUGCGGUUCACGGAGAAGGCGAGGGCGGAGGGGUUUCCGCUCACGUUGCAUUUGGAUAGUUUGACGCAGAUGGAGGUGGAUGAGUUUUCGACGAGUGGGUUUUUGGGCAUUCGGAAGGAUGAAGAGGGGAAGGUGACGUUGGUGGUGCCGGAUAGUGGGAGUGUGAUUGAGAGUGUGACGAGUGAUUCGGUGCAGGGGAUUGCGAGAGUGUUGGGGUGGGGGGUGGAGAAACGGAGGAUUCCGUGGGAUACUGUGGGCCAGUUUACGGAGGUUAUGGCUGCGGGCACUGCGGCUGCCGUGGUGCCCAUUCGGUCGAUUACGAGACGGUCGACUGGGGAGAAGUUGGAGUUUGAGAGUGGGCCGUUGUGUUUGGAGUUGUUGACUCGGUUGAGGAAGAUUCAGCGGGGAGAGGGGGGAGAGGAGUUUGCGGAUUGGGUUGAGGCGGUUAAGGCGCCGGAGACGGUGUAUGAGAAGUAUGGUGUGAAGGAGGGCACCAAUGGGGUUGCUAAGGAGAUCUCGAAUGGUGUCACUAAUGGGUCGAACGGGGUUAGCAAUGGUGUUCAUUAG